CAAUAAUUGUAUUUUAAUCCUUUGAUGGCUAUCUAUUUCUUAUUAUAAUUACUUUUUAUUUUAUGUGAAGGAUGCUUUCCUUCUAUAAACGUGGACUCACUCUGAUUAUCAGUCGAUCAGAGAGUGAGAUCGCUGUGUUUGUUUGAGCCAAAAAAUUUCACAGGAAGAGAGGUAGGAGAAGAAGAAGAAGAUGGAGGUAGGAUUUUUGGGGCUCGGGAUAAUGGGAAAGGCUAUGGCCAUGAAUCUACUUAAGAAUGGCUUCAAGGUUACUGUUUGGAACAGGACGCUCGCUAAGUGUGAAGAACUGGUGGAGUUUGGGGCAACAAUUGGAGAUACCCCUGCAGCUGUAGUCAAAAAGUGCAAGAUUACAGUUGCAAUUUUAUCUGAUCCUUCAGCUGCUCUUUCUGUGGUUUUCGACAAAGAUGGCGUUCUUGAGCAAAUCGGCAGUGGAAAAGGGUAUAUUGACAUGUCAACGGUGGAUGAUGAUACUUCCUCAAAGAUUCACAAGGCGGUUACAACUAAGGGCGGUUCUUUCCUUGAAGCUCCUGUAUCAGGCAGCAAAAAACCUGCAGAAGAUGGUCAACUAGUAAUUCUUGCUGCUGGGGAUGAGGCUUUGUAUGAGGAAGCAAUCCCUGCUUUCGACGUCUUGGGAAAGAAGUCUUUCUUCUUGGGGCAUGUUGGAAAUGGAGCAAAAAUGAAACUUGUUGUCAACAUGAUAAUGGGCAGUAUGAUGAAUGCGUUCUCAGAAGGACUUGUGCUAGCUGAAAGGAGUGGACUGAACCCUCAUGCUCUUCUUGAUGUACUGGAUCUAGGUGGAAUUGCUAAUCCAAUGUUCAGGCUUAAAGGGCCCACUAUGAUCCAGAAUAAUUAUUCCCCAGCAUUUCCUCUAAAACAUCAGCAGAAGGACAUGAGAUUGGCUCUUGCCCUGGGAGAUGAAAAUGCCGUGUCAAUGCCCGUAGCAGCUGCAGCCAAUGAGGCUUUCAAGAAGGCCAGGAGCAUGGAGCUAGGUGACCUCGACUUCUCAGCUGUUCAUGAAAUUGUGAAGAUUCACAAGAGUUCAUCUUGAUACUAUGGCCUUUAAUAGCAUAAAGCGCAAUGGUGAGAUCAAGCUUUCCUUGUCAUUUCCUUAAGAGGUAGCUCUGUGCGCAUGAUAAAAAUGUAACAUCACUAUAGUUAAACCUUUGGCAUAUGGUACAAUUGUGGAACAUUUAUUAAAGCUUUCUGUUUGGUGAAAUGACGAUCGAGCAGCUAAUUUUGGAUUCCUGAAUUACACCGGUAA